AUGCUCACGAGCGGCUCGUGGGCAGACAGCCUAGCGAGCGACACGGUCGUCCUUGGAAGCCACCAUCGCCAUCAUCGUGCCCACUCGCGCGAGUCGUCUCCUCCCCUCAUCCAACUUGAGGAUGCCGACCGGACCCCAGCAGCGCAGAGCAACGGGCUCAGGAAACCCCUCGCGCUCGAUGCCGGUGCUGGGGUCACGCCAAUAGACAGGCUCCGCGCGCUCCUUCGCCAGAUGGACCACGAUGCGCGCGCCGCAAAACCAGACGAGCUCGUCAGCAUCGCCCCCGCCGUGGCACCCGCCCAGCUCCCUUCGAACGAGACCCCACUGGUCAAGGCUGAGCCGCGAGCGCCGAGGUACAAGCCGUCCUUGUCCGUCCCUAUCCCGUCCGCUUCACGGAUCCCCGCCGACGAGGACUCGGACUACAGCCCGCCUACCCCACCACCUAGACCUAACCCAUACCUGUACUCCCGCCGCGCGUCCGAGGCAGCAGAGGAGGAUGUCCCACGAUCAAGGUCGUCACCGCCAAGGCGCGUUCCGUCGCGAGUCAUCGCACUGCAAGCCGCCGCUGCCGCUGCUGCCGUUGCCGACUUAUCACCAGCACCGGCCACAAUGCCAUCGGGGAGCGCGGCGCCUACACCGCGCGCCAAGCCAUCUGCCCUCGAGACGUUUAUCGCCUCGCAUCCGACGCCAACCGCUGGGCCCUCGUCACUAGCCCGUGCACCAGAGGCAGCGACGCCCAUUUCCCGCUCUGUAUCACCAUCAGGCAAGGGCAAGGAACGGGAAAUCUACGCCACCCCGGCCGUCUUCGAGGAGGAGCCCUUACGCCGGCGGUCGCGACCGACACCUCGCCGCAGCUCGAUCGAUGCCCUGCCAGAUACGUCGGCCGCAUUUGCUGCGGGUUUGCAGGCCGACGCCGAGGCAGAGCUCGACUUGGUAGACGACGACACUGGCGUUCCCUGGGCGGCAGAGGAUGAUAGCUUGAUGGCGGCAACCCCACGGAAAAACGAUGCCUCUCAGUCUUACAUCAAUGCCGAUGCCAAGCGGUCUGCCAACCGGUUCCAUGCCGCUGCCGAGAGGUCGCAUGAACGGUCGAGGCAAUCGUUAUCCAGCUCCGACUUAGCAUCCCCACGCCGCGAUGGGCGGUCGGGAACCGAGUCGCCUCGCGAGUCCCCACGACGAGCGGAGCGCUCUGCAACCGAGUCGUUCAGGACGGCACGGGCUCGCAACUCGUCAUUCGCCGACACGUCAUUGCCACCGCUCCCAGAACCUGAGAGCUCGGACUCGGAACAGGAGAGCCCGGCUGUGAAGACUCGUGCCGACAUGUUCAAGACAACGCCUCGGUCGUCGGCGCACUCCACGCCAGAGUCUCGUCGUCGCGCCGACCACACCCCGUCACCGCAAGCUUCGCCUGUCAAGAGCGCGUCUCCAGGAGCUGUUCUCAAAAGCGAGUCUCCGCGCGGUGUCCUCAAUGGCGAGUCACCACGUGCUGUCCAUAGAGUGCGGAGCGCCAACGAGUUACGCGAAUCGCUCAAACGAAAUGGUUCGCCCUUCACAUCACCAUCAAAAUCGCGGGACGCGACCACCUCAUUUGAUGCGUCGGUCGAUGUGUCACGGACGUCUCCGCGAUCAUCUCGUGAAGCGUCAGUCACGGAUCAGUCUUUUGGACACGACCCAUCGCUGGAGGAGACUACACACUCCUUCAAGGCACGGACGCCUCAACCGGCUCAUCACUCUCCACAGCGCGAGGACUCGUUCUACACCCCCCGCGAGCGUACGCCUCUGGCCGAUUCGCAGUGGUGGCCCGCGUCAUUACAGGAGUCUGCAACGGUAUCUCCGCUCGAGCUGGCGUCGCUCUCCUACUCGCGCGAGACGUCUUUCCACGGCGAGGAGCAAGAUGCCACGGUCGAGUACGACGACGAGGCCGAAGGUUUCGAGCCGGAAGAAGCCGCGGAACCCGUCUACGAAGACGACUUUAGCGACGACGAUCCGCUGCCUGAAUCGCAGGUAUUACCAGCCCCACCAGUGUCACCGCCUCGUGCCGCGGUCUUACCACCUCGCGCUGCCUUACCCGAGAUGGAGACGCCUCGACGGCCGCUCUACGUGUCAACCUUAGGCCCGAGAGAGCCCCGCAGUGCGCUCAAGAAGACUAUUCGCAGGUCGCCGGAAGUUGGCGUCCCGAGAUCCACCCCGUCAGUGCGGUGGUCAUUAGACGUCACUGAGCACUUUGAGAGCAUGGCCCCGCCUGUCGAGGAGACCACUACCCCGCCGACGACCCCGCCUUCGCUUCCGGUUUCCUUAUCCACUUCGCCAUCGGUGACGCCGCCACAUCGCGCGACGACCGCCACGCCUCAGCAGGCCACGCCCCGUCCUCUUGAAGUCUCCCAAACGCCCAACUUCAACCCGCCAACGCUCCCUCCUGCGCCGGAGACGCCUGCUGCCAAGCCCCAUGCUGCAGUUGCAACUCCCGGCCAGCCUGCGCCUCACGCUCCCGGGUCGUGGCAAUUCACGCCAGCAGGGAAACGCCCUGCCAUGCUGCCACCUCCUUCGACGCCGCUUCCCCAGCCAGGUGUGACAAGUGCGAACGUCGCGACACCCGGCCUGCCGACGCCUCGUCCCCCCGGUGCAUGGCAGACGCCAUUCUCCAAGGCUCCGGCUCCCUCUCUGCCUCCGGGGACGCCAGCCCCAGGACCAUACGCUAACGCCGCGACCCCGCGCGCGCCGGGAGCAUGGUACACGCCAGGGAUUCCAGCGCGAUCCUCCGCACUCCGGAACGAGAUCCGCCCGGACGAUAGCUUGUCAGCUUCCUCGAUAACCUCAACUACGACGUCUAUAAGCAACAUUCAUUUCAGCCUGACGGGCGAUGUUUCAGUUCAUCGACUUCGGAGUCCAAGGCGACCAAAGACGACCUGCCAGCAGCUUCGUAGCCCAGCAUCGCCGGCGACUAGCAAGCUGUCCAUUGUCACCAAGGCAGCGUCUCCUGAAGAGUCCAAGCUUCGUGAGGAGAUCAGACCGUCAGAUUCAUCCCCGGUGAAGGUGGCUUCCCCCACGACACCCGUGAAGGCUGGCCCGGCCAAGGCAACGUCGCCAUCAAACGGGGACGAUUCUUCGCCAUUCGACGUGUCAUCAGACCAACUCGAGGGGCCUGCGGACGCCGACACAUCAUGGAUUGCGCGACUGAAGCGAGCCGCUCUCACCCCAAAGAAGCCCCGUGGCGAGCAGCCCAGGAACCUCUCGGAUGCGCAGUCGGCCCUCGACGCCGCCACCAAGCGGUCAGCGGACACCAAGUCUCGCGUAUUAUCUGCCCAGGAGGCUUGGCUCGCUGCGCUCGCGUCUGCCAAAGAUGCUCCUGAACCUCCAAAGCCAACGGCGCUCGAGCCCGCCUCGCCACCCUCCCCAAGACCUGUUGCGGCUGUGGCAACUGCGGCCCGCCAAGGAGGACGAUAUGGGUUAUGGAUCGCCCUCGUCGUCGUUGAGCUGGUGCUGCUCUGGGCCGUCUUCCGGAUCACGAUCGACUAUGCCCAGAGCUCACACUUCCUUGGCCUGCUUGACCCGUACAAGCCCAAGCUGUCCGACUAUGCGCUCGAUUCGAAGAUCCCAGCGCACCUGGACCCGUUCAUCGUCCAGCAUCCCAAGCCGACCAACCUGUUUGAUCUUCUCGACCGGCUUGGUUUCAGCCUGGGCCGCAAACAAUUCGCGCCAGUACGGCGAAGAAUGCCAACAUAA